CUAUCUUACUAUAAAACCCUAACAAAACCGAUCUCACGCGACGCUCCUCUCUAAAACCCUCCCCUACAUUUGCCCCCUCCCCAACCAUUGAAACAGCCUCCUAAAAUGGCUGCAGAAUUCGAAGACGGUUCACCCGCCGAAAAGCUCUUCAACCAAGGUUACUCCUACACGUACGACGACGUUAUUUUCCUCCCUCACUACAUAGACUUCCCAACCGACGCCGUUAACCUCUCAACUAAACUUUCGCGCAACAUCCCUCUCUCUAUCCCAUGCGUUUCCUCUCCCAUGGACACUGUUACGGAGUCCUACAUGGCGGCAGCCAUGGCAGCGGUCGGUGGAAUUGGGAUUAUUCACUCUAAUGCAACACCGUCCGAGCAAGCUGAUAUGAUCAGAUCCGUUAAGUCACGCCGAGUGCCUAUUUUGUCGAGUCCAGUUUUUAAGACGCCUGAUUCAAGGAUUGUUAAUGAGUUUGAAGGCGAUGAUGUUCCUUUUGUUUUUGUUACCCAAUCAGGGAAUGAGAAGUCGAAGUUGCUGGGAUAUGUGGCGAAGUCUGAUUGGUUGGGGUUGAAAGAUACAGAAAUUAAAUUGGGAGAGAUUAUGCGCACGGAUGCAAACGUGUCUGUGCCGUGUCAUUAUGAUUUGGGCCAGAUUGAUGGGAAGUUAAAAGAGGAAGGACGUGAUUUUGUGGUGCUGGAGAAGGAGGGAGGAGAGGUGGUGGAUGUGGUAACGAAGGAGGAGGUUGAGAGGGUGAAGGGAUAUCCUAAGUUAGGGAAGGGAACGGUGGGCUCCGAUGGGAGGUGGAUGGUUGGGGCGGCAAUUGGAACGAGGGGGUCGGAUAAGGAGAGGUUGGAGCAUUUGGUGAAGGCAGGUGUUGAUGUUAUUGUGUUGGAUAGUUCACAAGGGAAUUCUAUUUAUCAGAUCGAGAUGAUCAAAUACGUGAAGCAGACUUAUCCUGAGUUGGAUGUGAUUGGCGGGAACGUGGUGACAAUGAGUCAAGCACAGAAUUUGAUUAAGGCAGGUGUGGAUGGGUUGAGAGUUGGUAUGGGGUCUGGAUCUAUAUGCACCACACAAGAGGUUUGUGCAGUUGGGCGAGGACAGGCAACUGCUGUUUACAAGGUUUCAUCCAUUGCCACACAAAGUGGCAUUCCUGUCAUUGCAGAUGGUGGCAUUUCAUUCUCAGGUCAUAUUGUCAAAGCCCUGGUGCUUGGGGCAUCUACUGUAAUGAUGGGAAGCUUUUUAGCUGGAAGUACUGAAGCUCCUGGGGCUUAUGAGCUUAAUGAGAAAGGUUUACGGGUGAAAAAAUACCGUGGCAUGGGCUCCCUUGAAGCAAUGACUAAAGGGAGUGAUCAAAGAUACUUGGGUGAUACUGCUAAGCUAAAGAUUGCUCAGGGAGUCGUGGGAGCAGUUGCUGAUAAAGGUUCUGUUUUGAAGCAUGUACCUUACACCAUGCAAGCAGUCAAGCAAGGAUUCCAGGAUCUUGGCGCAUCCUCUUUGCGGUCUGCUCAUGAUUUAUUAAGGUCAAAGACACUUAGGCUUGAGGUUCGUACAGCAGCAGCACAAGUUGAGGGUGGAGUUCAUGGACUGGCUUCACAUGAGAAGAAAGCCUUUUGAAUCUAACCCUUCCAGCAUUUAUUACUACUGCUAAUGAUCAGUCCUAAAUUCCAAAGUGAUAUUUGAGUACGAGUAGCAUUUAAUUGAACCGCAUGAAUCUGGAAGGAGCUUUGCCAAUCUUACAUGGGUUCUUUCGUUAAAGUCGUAGGUGGUUUUUGCUGGGAAAGCCAGAAGUGCCAUCAUGGUCUCUGCCUCUUGUUGCCUGGCACAAGGGGUGCUCAUCUUCCUGUAUUUUACCAAUUGUGCUUUUUUUAAGUAUAACAGGAUUUUAUGAAUUAGUUAAGCAACUUUCAAAGUUGGUUUUACAACAAAUAAUAAUUCAGUGACUUUAAUGUUUA